UCUGCAGCUCCCAGAAUGAAGAGAUCAAAAUGAUGCUGUCUGUAAAAAGGGAUUAAACGUAAGCAAUCUGUCGUCCUCUGCGGUAAAUCCACGGCUUGUUUUUGUUCUACUUUCCGUGCGACACAUUUUAUGCUCACAGCGAAUGCCCGUGCUUCUUGGUAAUGUAGCCUAUAUCAAUGUAACUGCGGGCAAGCUAAUGACAGAUGCAUCGUGCUCACUUUCACCGUUGCAUUGGACCAGGAUUGCAACGGAUGCACGCGGCCUAUAACACGAUCUGUUGUUUUUGUUUCUCUCCAUCUGCCGGUGUAGUCUGGGCGCCACCUCGCUCUCCUCUCAGCUGCUGCUCGGUGCAUCUCCGCAGACCUGCGCCGCCACACCGGGAGUCGUCAAAGGAGACAUGCCGUCGCUGAGCAUCCGUUGAGGGUGACGCACGACUGACCAUGAUGAAGACCGAGUCCACCUCCAAGAGCGCCGGCUCCACGCUCAGGAGCCCAUCCCCGCACCGGAACGCGUACGAGGCGGGGAUGCAGGCCCUCAAGCCCGUCAAAGACAAUGCAUCCAACGGGGACGUGCAGGAGGGCCCCCGUGGGCGCAGGUACGGCUCCAACGUGCACCGUAUAAAGAACAUGUUCCAGCAGAUGCAGACCACCUCCCCGGCGGCGGAGGCAGAAGGGGAGGAUAAGAGCAUCGAGAAGCCGGGGCGUGUGUCCCUGCCCAGAGCCGGGAGCCUCAACGAGAACGUGGACCACAGCGCUUUGUUGAAACUGGGAUCGACUGUGUCUGAUCGAGUCAAUAAGUUUGAUGUGAAACCAGAGAAUGGGCACGGGCGGGCCUCCUCACCCAGCUACUCCAAACUGCAGGAGACAAGGCGCAUCUUUGAGCAACAGCAGCAGGAGAAGCAGGACAAACUGGUGACCACCAGAGUCCUGCUGAAGUCAGACAAGGGCGCAGGAUACCAGGAUGGCCGCCUGGACGUGUCCCGCUUCAAUGGCAGCACAGAGUCUUUGGACAGCCUAGACACCAGUGAGGCUGUGUCCCCCACAGUGAGCCAGCUCAGUGCUGUGUUUGAGCGAGCAGCUGAACUCAGAAACAACCUGCACCGCCUGUCCUCCACCCCUCCUCUACCCUCCAGGGGGGUCAGCACCAAGGUGGGUGUUCUCAACUCCAAAUUAAUCACAAAGAGAGCCACAACUUUUGCAUCAAGCAACAGGGAGGAGGAGACAAACAAGGGCCAAGAGGCCCCACCUCGGGCCCCAAGAGGAAAGGUGCUACCUCCAUAUGAGAGUGUCAAUGGUCGAGAGAGUGCAGCUCCUGAACUGUCUGUAGAGCCACGCAAACAAAAGACUGUGUCAGAUGCAGGAGUCGAGGCCAAAGUCGAGGAAGAACAAGAACCUAAAAGCACAACACAAAAUGACUCCCAUCUGUCAGAGAAUGGAGACGACUCACACAGCUCUCCAAAGACCAGUGACAUCGUCAGGCCAGAGGCUGAGGCCAGGAGGGGCACGGAGGGGGGAGAGGACAGGAGGGACACAGAGGGGGGAGAGCACAGGAGAGUCCCAGAUGAGCCUUCGGGACCAGAGUCAGUGGAUAUCAGCACAUACAGCGCUGUGGGGGAGGACUUUGGGGGGAGUCAGGCGGAUGAGGAUGAGGACGAUGACCGAUACGAACCAGAGUCCAGCUGUGUGGAGAUCACUGGACUACCUCCAGAAGAAGAGCCACCCCCAUCCAGGAAGAUUCGCUUCAGCACAGACCCCAUCAAGGUGUUUGCUACCUACCCCAACGAGGACUACGACCGGCGUAAUGAGGACGUGGACCCCAUGGCGGCGUCCGCGGAGUACGAGCUGGAGAAGAGGGUGGAGAGGCUGGACCUGUUCCCCGUGGAGCUCGAGAAAGACAGCGACGGCCUCGGCAUCAGUAUUAUCGGGAUGGGAGCAGGAGCAGACAUGGGUUUGGAGAAACUGGGCAUCUUCGUGAAGACCGUCACAGAGGGAGGAGCUGCACACAGGGACGGAAGGAUCCAGGUGAAUGAUCUGAUUGUGGAGGUGGAUGGGACCAGUCUGGUGGGAGUAACUCAGAACUUCGCAGCCUCUGUACUCAGGAACACCUCAGGAACCGUCAAAUUUGUGAUUGGUCGAGAGAAGCCGGGGGAGCAGAGCGAAGUGGCCCAGCUGAUCCAGCAGACCCUGGAGCAGGAGCGCUGGCAAAGGGAGAUGAUGGAGCAAAGAUAUAAUCAGUACAUGGACGAGCAAGAGGGUGGAGAAUAUGGCACAGACGAGGAAGAGGAUGACGACGAAGAGGGCAGCCCGUCCUAUCCCAGUGCAAUUGAGGUGUUUGACUUAGCCGAAAAUGAGGACAUGUCCCCCCUGGAGACGGACCCUGAGAAACUGGCCCAUAAGUACAAAGAGCUUCAGAUAAAACAUGCUGUGACACAGGCUGAGAUCCAGCAGCUCAAGAGGAAGCUUCACCACGCGGAGCAGGAGAAGCAGAGGUGGCGCAUGGACAAGGCCCAGCUGGAGCAGACCCUCCAGGAAAACAAGGAGCGAAUGGAGAAGUUGGAGGGGUAUUGGAUGGAGGCGCAGAGUCUGUGCCAGGCCGUGGAUGAGCACCUAAAGGAGACACAGGCUCAGUACCAGGCCCUAGAGCGCAAGUACAGCAAAGCCAAACGCCUCAUCAAGGAGUACCAGCAGAAGGAGAUUGAGUAUCUCAAGAGGGAGACUCAGCGUUGUGCACAAGUCGGGGCUGAAGCUACUCAACUCAAAGAAGAGUCUGGACAACUCCAAGAACAGGUGGCGGACCUGGAGUGCCAAGUGGAGGAGCUGAAAUCCGAGCCGUUAUAAAGCCUUUAUUUGUUUCACGUUUCUAACAAUGCAUUUCUCCAUCACUACAAGAAGAGGACAGUGUUAUUGUGCUUUCAACGAACCGCAGGGUAUUUCUGAUGACUUUGUUAAUGGGGCAGAGAAGCCAUUUUGUGCCCCCCGCCUUCGUAACUCACCCACUUGCUCAUAUUUACCAUGGUUAUCUGUUCGGGGAAUGUUGAAAAUGAUUUUAGUACCAGACAGACUUGUUCUUUUGUUAAGCUCUUGAUGUUCUCUUCCUUUGUUUCCACACUUAAGUAUUCCUUAAUUAGUGGUUAUGUGCGUACCCAGCUGUUGCUUUCAAUUGCCAAAAAACGUUCCUACAACUUUCUUUUCGCCCUGUUUCGUGACAUUUUUGAGUUUGUACAUAUGUGACGUGUGACUUUACAAUCAGUUGGUUUUGUAUACAUUUUUAACAUGUAUAACAUUUAACAUAAUAUAAACGAAUGACGAAGGAAGUCAUUUAAGAGUAUAUGUAAUGAAGGAUGUACAUUGGAGGGAUUUGCACUAAAAAGGACUUAAUAUAUGGUGCAUCACUGGACUGAAGAUUGAACAGAAAUGUCUUUGAUAUUGUACAAAGAGUAACUCAUCCUUUGUAGGGGCCUAGUCACUUAACCCUAAGAACCACCUGCUGCCUACCUUACAGAAGUGAAUUUGUGAUUUUUUUACACAUCAACUCAACCGAAUGAACAACUUUUUUAUUUUAUUAAAGGUGCACUGUGUAACUUUUCUGUUGGAGGAUCUGCCACCUGCUCUUUGACAUGGAGUUGUUAUUGUUUUGUCUGGAAUGUCCCGGUAUGGCAUUCCACUCAAUAACAUGGGUUUUUAUUAACCUAAAAACUUGCAUUCUUAUUGUGAGUGCGCUCGCCUCUCCACAGAUAUGACAUGAAACUUGGCCCUGUGGUGUCACCUGCUGUCUCCGUAGAGAUAAAUAAGUGUAAUGCCAUACUGUUGAACAUUCCAGGCAGUAUCACCAUGGAAAGAAGCAGGUGACGGACCCUGCACCAGAAAAGUGACACCGUGCACCUUCAAACCAUCGCUUUUUCGAGAAUGGACCACGAAAACAAGCCUCCUCAACUGCUGUGCCACAACUGUUUUUCCCUCAAAAAUGGAUGUUGUCAAAGACUUGUGAUUUUAGUUAGGACUACUGAUGUGAAGUACUGGACCGAUGCCAGCAGAAAUGUAUUUACGGUUUCAAAGCUUGUAUGUAACCAGCAGCUGCACCCACCACCACCGUGUAGCACAUGGAACACUGCCAGGUCUCUCUACCUGUUUGAAUUACGCACAGUUUAAAAUGAAAUUGAGUGUAACUUGUAUCUCAUGUCAUACCAGUAUGUUUGUAUAGUUCAGGUUAAGACUAAAAUAUUUUAAUUUUACUUAAUAUUUAUAUGAUAGUCAAGUUGGAACUAAAAGCUAACAUGACGAGAACUGACGAAAGCAAUGUUCAAUAGACAAUGUUAUAAUAUGUCAUGUAAAAAAGUAGAUCUGGACAAAUACAAAAAUGAUUACUAAGUUAAAAUAAUAGGCAUGGUUAUGGGUAUUUUCAUGAUAUUAAGGCUUGUACAGUGCACCUGCUUUGCAUUGUAUGUUUUGUGGAAUA